AUGAUCGAGCCAUUCCAAACCACCUUCUCUGUCCCCAUGACAUGCGACAGCUGCGUGGAAGAUGUCUCGCAAUCUAUUAAUAAGCUUCAGGGCAUCAAGAAGGUGGAAGCAAAACUCGCCGACCAAAUAGUCCUCGUUGAGGGCACAGCAGCGCCAAGCUCCAUAGUUGCUGCCAUUCAAGACACUGGUAGAGACGCUAUUCUACGAGGAAGCGGGCAGUCAAAUAGUGCUGCCGUUUGCAUUCUCGAGACUCACAACACCACUGUCCCGGAAAAGAUUCGCGGGCUCAGUCGCAUGGUGCAGGUGUCAAACAACCAGACUUUGAUUGAUCUGACAAUAAAUGGGCUUUCUCCUGGGCGGUAUUGGGCCACUAUUCGGGAGACCGGAGAUAUCUCGGCCGGCGCAGCAUCUACAGGAGGUGUAUGGGAAGCUCUGAAAGCCAAGGUUUUAGGACGAGAAGAGCCACGUGGAGUUUUUGGAACAGUGGACGUUAAUGAGAAGGGGAAAGGCAACGUGUUGCUGGACCAGCCAAUUGCCGUAUGGGAGAUGAUUGGACGCAGCAUGGUGGUGUCCAAAAGCAAAGAAGGACCGUUCCAGACGGACGACCCUGACACGAUCGUGGGCGUAAUUGCCCGCAGCGCAGGUGUCUGGGAUAAUGAUAAAAUGGUCUGCUCCUGUUCCGGGAAGAACGUGUGGGAAGAGCGCAAGGAGCAAGUCAGCAAGGGGAUGUUAUGA